GUGCGUGAGGGUUUGAGGCGAGUAUGUCUGUGUGUUCGCCGACGCCUUCCUUGGAGAGCCUGUCUGGGACACCCCUCGGCUCUCUCAUCGACUCAGACCCACCAAGAUCUCUAGAAAUCCCCCCUGCCUCUACCACAGGGUCGGUAGUUGGCCGCAGCUCUCCAGUGGCCACGGUGUGCGGGAUAUGCAACGACACCUUCGUGCUGCCGCGAGUGUUGUCGUGCCUGCACGUGUUCUGCCUGGGCUGUCUGGAGAAGGUGUGUGACGGAGGGGAGCGACUGGUGUGCCCGCAGUGCCAGGCGGUGACCACUGCCCCGCCGCCGCUGCUGCUGCCAGACUACGCGCUGCACCGCCUGCUGGAGGCGCCCGUGGACGAGCCAGCGUCCUGCACGGCCUGCAAGAGCCGCGACGUGGCGGCCGUGGCGCGCUGCCUGGACUGUGCCAAGCUGCUGUGCCCACACUGCGUCAUGGCGCACCAGUACAUGCAUUGCUUCGAGGGCCACCGUGUCAUGACGCUGGCCGAGCUGGCCCAGCGCGACGAGCGGCCCGUCACCUGCAUCCGCCACAAGGGUGAGCCGCUCAAGUACUUCUGCGUGACCUGCAGCGCACCCAUCUGUGUGGACUGCACCCUGCUGGAGCACCCCAAGGGCCUGCACGAGCACGAGGCGCUGCACGACGCGGCGCCCAAGCACCUGGACCAGAUUUGCCACGCCAUGGAGGGCGGCCGCUCCCGCGCUGCCGACCUGCGGUCCUGCGUGAAGGCCGUGGAGGGGUCCAGCGGCCGCCUGCAGCAGCAGUACGAGAAGGCCCAGAGUGAGAUCCAGGACACCUUUGCCUUCUACACCACGGUGGUGGAGGAGCGCAAGAGUGAGCUGCUGCGGGAGCUGGACAGCCUGUACCAUGCCAAGCAGGUCUCCCUCUCCGUGUUUGCCCAGAAGGCGCAGGAGUGCGUGGACAAGCUGCUCUCCACCUGCGACUUCGUGGACAAGCUGCGGAAGUACGCCAACACCACGGAGGUGCUCAUGUUCCGCAAGCUGAUCGAGGGCAAGCUGGCAGAGCAGAUGGGCAAGAACUUUGACCUGGGCAUGCAGAACGUCAGCGACCUGGAGUUUGUGUCAAACUACCCCGCCAUCCAGGUGGGCGUCCGCAACACAUUCGGCUACAUCCGCUCCUCCUCCGACAUCCAGGUGGGCCCCGCCAAGUUGCCACCCAUCGCCCGGCCCUCCUCCUCCGCCUCCGUCAGCAGCAUGAACAGCAUCAACAGUUGCCUCAACGGCCUGUCCGGCCUCACCACGUUGGCCAACGGCGGCGGCGGCGGCGGCCUGGCCCCGGGCCACCAUGGAGCCAUCCCUGUGGUGUCCAGCGCAGCACAGGUGGCCAACGGCAUGACGGCCGGCCUGGGCGGCGCCGCGCUGGGCUCAGCCCUCGGCGGCGGUCUGGCCAAUGGCCUGGCCAAUGGCUUCUCUGGCCUGGGGGGUGGCGGGGGCGGGGGCGUGAACGGCAACCUGAACGGCGUGCUGGAGCGGCCGUACAGCAGCAGCCAGCUGUCUGCGCUGCUGUCCAAGCGCUUCAGCUCCUCACAGUCGCUGGGGCCAUUCUCCACCAGCCUGGGCGACCUCAACAUGAACGGCCUCUCCUCCUACGAGAAGUGGAGCUGCGGCGGCGGCGGAGAGGGGGUGUUCAGCCGGUGGGGAGGGCGGGGGGUGGGGGCGCCGGACCCUGUGCUGCAUGACCUGUCCCACAAGCUGCUGUCGUGCUCCAUCUUCCCGCCACGCUCGCAGAUCAAGCGUCAGAAGAUGAUCUACCACUGCAAGUUUGGGGAGUUUGGCGUGCUGGAGGGGCAGUUCACGGAGCCCAGCGGUGUGGCCGUCAACGCGCAGAACGACAUCAUCGUGGCCGACACCAACAACCACCGCAUCCAGAUCUUCGACAAGGAGGGCCGCUUCAAGUUCCAGUUUGGCGAGUGCGGGAAGAGGGACGGCCAGCUGCUGUACCCCAACCGUGUGGCUGUGGUGCGCACCAGCGGCGACAUCAUCGUGACGGAACGCAGCCCGACGCACCAGAUACAGAUAUACAACCAGUACGGCCAGUUUGUCCGCAAGUUUGGCGCCAACACGCUGUGCUACCCGAGGGGCGUCACGGUGGACCACAAGGGCCGCAUCAUCGUGGUGGAGUGCAAGGUGAUGCGGGUGAUCAUCUUCGACCAGUAUGGAACCGUGCUUCACCAAUUCAACUGUCCAAACCACCUUGAGUUCCCGAAUGGUGUAGUGGUUAAUGACAAGCAGGAAAUCUUCAUCUCUGAUAAUAGAGCACACUGCGUCAAGGUGUUCAACUACGAGGGUCAGUACCUGCGUCAGAUUGGCGGUGAGGGCGUGACCAACUACCCAAUUGGUGUGGGAAUCAACAGCCAGGGGGAGGUUCUCAUAGCGGACAACCACAACAACUUCAACUUGACUUUGUUCACUCAGGAAGGUCAGCUGGUGUCUGCGUACGAGUCGAAGGUCAAACACGCACAGUGCUUCGACGUGGCCCUCAUGGACGACGGUUCGGUGGUUCUAGCCAGUAAGGACUACCGGCUGUAUGUCUACCGGUAUCUGCAGGUGCCCCCUCCACACAUGUGAACCGGUAGAGCCGCCGCCGCCGCCGCUGCCGCAUAUCUUAUCGUUAUCUUCGCUCCCUCAAAUAGUCUAUUUUUAAUACAUUGUGGUUAUAGCUGUUUGUAAUGUCUGUCUUGACAACCCCUGACCCACGCCAAGGUUUUUCACAAGUUUUCCCAUAAUUAUCCUAGAAAAUACCCCUGUUUAGUCCAAAGCGCCCCAGGUUUUCACGGGUGCCCCAGAAAAUUGCGCUGUUGAGUCUGUUACACCCCAGUUUUCACCCUAGAGAACUAUCCCUGCUGACUCAUAAUUAACCUAGUUUUUUGCAAGUUUCCGCCCUGAUUACCCUAGUUAAAAUCCACAUUGGCCCAAUUUACCCACGGAUUUUGUAAGUUUCCCUGGAAAUUACCCUAGGAAACCACGAUUUACUCAAAUUCACUGAUCUUUUAAGUUUUCCCCCAUAAAGUACCAGAGAAAAUGACCCCCUAUUCCCUCCCCCCUUGUCCCUACCAGCCCCCCAACCCAAGUGUCUCCCUUUCUCUCUCCCUCUCUCUAUCUCUCGCUCGGGGCAGCUUUGUUCUUCCCCGCUAGUCAGAUUCUUCACUUGCUCUUUCUUGUUCCAUCUCUCUCUCUAUAUACAUUGUUGUUUUUGUUUUGUUGGUUUUUUUAUUUAUUUAUUUAUUUUCUCGAUAUUAUUUUGUUAGUGUCGUCUUACUGAAUUCUUUACUGAUUUUUUUUUUAUUUUUUGUUAGUUUUCGUUUAUUUAUUUUUUUAUUUGUUUUUUUUUUUUUUUGUUUUUCUUUUCAAGUUGGCCGCCACCACAGCCAGUAGUCAUGUAAAUAAGUGUUUUCAUUUUUACCAUACCAGUUCAGUUUUUUUAUUAAGUUUAUUAUACACAAACACACAAACACACACACACACACAUGUACGUACAGACAAAAAAACAGAGUAAUAAUAAUAAUAAUGAUAAUAAUAAUAAUGAAGAUUUAGUUUUUGUUGUGCUCUAAUUAAUAGUAAUAAUGAUUAAUGAUGAAGAUGAUGAUUUCCAAGUUGUGCCAUUGUGUCAUGAAACAGUUCCUUAUUCACACAAACAAACAAACACACAAAAAAAUACAACAACUAUUUUGACAUCUAAACACAAACAAACCCAAUUUCUCUCUUUCUCUCUUUCUUACCCAUUCACCCAGCCACCCACCUACCACUGUCUCUCCCUCACCCAGCUCUUCCCAUUGUCUAAUUUAUGUUCAAUUCUCAAUAUCUUUAUUUAUUAACUUAUUAUAAGACUAGGAAACAGUUUAAAAUAUUGUCAUUUCUUGAAGAAGGAGGAGAAGGAGGAGGAGAAGAGGAGAAGAAGAAGAAGUUUGAAGGAGGAGAAGGAGGAGGAGGAGGAGGAGAAAUAGAAGGAGGAGUAGGAGGAGGAACUGUCAGAAUAGACACCCACUGUUGUUCUGCAUUUGUUAGUUUGUAAGGGAGAUAUGCAUGCGAGCUUGUGUCAGAUAUAAUGGGUUGGGGGGUCAGCCAGGCUCCCCCCAGUCUCUACUAGAUUAUAAGGUGUUGUAGAAUGUUGUUAGAUUUUGGAGAGGAACCAAAUUGUGUACUACUACUAUUACUACUACUACUAUUGCUACUAUUUAUACAUUACUACUGUUACUGCUGCUACUGGUACUACUAUGACUACUACUACUACUGUUGUCAUUUACUGGAAAAACUUGAAUUUUCUACUACUACUACUUCUACUACUACUACUACUACUACUACUACUGCUUCAGCCCCAGUACAGUUGGGUUAGGAAGCUAUGUCAUUACUACUACUACUACUACUACUACUAAAUCUCUCUCUCUCUCUCUCUCUCUCUCUCUCUCUCUCUCUCUCUCUCUCUCUCUCUCUCUCUCUCUCUCUCUCUCUCU